GUUGCGUGUCGUUAGCUAAACCACCUAAUGAGCUCACUUCUUUCUAGUCCUUAAUACCUAGCAACAAUCUUUUUUUGGUCCUUUUUUUUCAGUAAAGCAAUUUUUGACAUUUAUUACUUGAUUUCAAAACACUACAGCAUUCCUCAUACUUCAUGGGUUUCUCAAAUGAAACUAUGAUGUUUGCAGGGACUUUGUUAAUCGCCCAGAGUUAAUCUCCCAUAACCUCAAUUCUCCCUGGCACAAUAUAUCUUAUUCAUCAAGGUCUGAAGGGAGAUUCAUUUUUCUGAAGGAUUUUGGAUUAAUACCUACCAAAUGGCGGGGCGCGCGGGCCGCGGGGCGGCUUUAGCGGAAGCUUUACGGAAACGCAACCAGGAGCCAGGACAGCAGGAGUCAGUCGAACCUACAGCAGUGAUCACUGCACCUGCCCGUGGCCGAGCAUCUUUGCUCUCUGCCCUGGCUGCGGGAUCUAAGAGUUUGGAACCACAGCAGUUGCCUCAACCAGGGAUUACCCAUGAGACAGCUCCUACACCCUCCGUUCCUAGUGGGAGGGCAAGCUUGCUCUCGCUAGCAAGAGGCAAAACCUUGAUUGGGAAGGUUACAACUCCAGGCGAGGAGCCUUCUCCGGCGGUUAUUUCCCAAAAGCUAGCAGAAUUGACCGUAGAGGAAAACAAAGAACGACCUCCUGUUAUCAGGAAGGGUGAUUCGGGAAAGCCAAUUAAGGCUAGUGCAAAUUAUGUGAGAUUAAGCUGUGAGCCAGGAAAAGGCUAUUUUGAAUAUGAGGUCAAGUUCUCUCCAGAUGUAGACAGCAAACAAAUGCGAUUUAAACUCCUUAAUGCUUGUCAUGAAAAGUAUGGUAGAGUGAAAAAUUUUGACGGAGUAAUUUUAUAUUUACCAAUCAAAUUAUCUGACUCGAUCACAGUCCUAACCACCCCUCAUCCUGUUGAUGGGAGUGAGGUCACCAUUAAGAUAAUUUACAAGAAGACUCGUCGUCUAGGCGAUUGCACUCACUUUUAUAAUGUGUUAUUUAAUAAGAUUUUUAAAGUUCUCAACUUUGCAAGAAUGGGGAGGCAGCACUACAAUCCUGCAGCUGCGGCUACCAUUCCUCAACAUAAAUUAGAAAUUUGGCCUGGAUAUGUGACUGCAAUUGAUGAAUACGAAGGGGGAAUCAUGCUUAACAUAAAUGCCUCCCAUCGCGUCUUACGACAACUUACUUGUUAUGAUGUAAUACAAGAGGCACUAUCAAGGAACAAAGAAUCAUGGAAGACUGCUGUUCAAAAAGACUUGAUAGGGGCAUGUGUCCUUACUCGUUAUAACAAUAAGUUGUACAGAGUAGAUGAUCUGGACUUCAACAUAAACCCACUGUCUACCUUUGGGAAUCGGACAGGUGGUGAGACAAGUUUUCAAGAAUACUACAUGAAGCAAUAUGAUAUCAAAAUAAAGGAUUGCCGACAACCUAUGCUGAUUAGUAAGCAAAAAGACAGGGCAGGGCCCAAGCCCAAAAGUGGUGAAGAGACCAAGGAUACAUUAAUUUGUCUAGUACCAGAGCUAUGCCACAUGACAGGUCUAACAGAUGCCAUGACUCAGGAUUUCAAGAUCAUGAAGGAUAUUGCUACUUACACCAGAAUAACACCUAAUCAAAGACAACUAGCUCUCAAAAAAUUCAUUAGAUCUGUCAAAGAUAAUCCGGAGGCUUGCAAGGUGCUGUCGGACUGGGGUCUUCAAAUAGAAGACAGCACUGUUUCUUUUGAAGCUCGUGUCGUGCCUGGUGAAUCAAUUAUCUUUGGUGGAGGGAAAUCAGUUCCCGCAGGCCCCAAGAGUGACUGGAGCUCUGCAGCUUGUAAUAACAGGGUUCUGAGCGCGGUGGACAUUACCCAUUGGGCUGUGAUUUGCACAACACGUGAUUCAAGAGUUGUUCAAAACUUCUCAGAAUGUCUGAAAAGAGUUGGACAACAAAUGGGCAUUGAAGUCAACAACCCUCAAGUCAUUGCGCUACCCAAUGAUCGAACAGACACAUACGUCAAAGCGCUAAGAGAAAACAUUAAACAACCUCUUCAAUUAGUUGUAACUGUAUGCCCUACCAGCAGGGACGACAGAUACUCAGCAAUCAAGAAAAUUUGUUGUUCAGAUCAGCCCAUUGCUAGCCAAGUAAUAAACACUCGGACGAUAUCAAAAGAGGAUAAAUUAAGAUCUGUUACUCAGAAGAUAGCAUUGCAAAUUAAUUGCAAAUUAGGUGGAUCCCUUUGGGCUGUGAAGAUUCCCUUUGAGGGUCUAAUGGUAUGCGGCAUGGAUGUGUACCAUGAUGCAUCAAGAAAAGGGAGUAGUGUUACUGGUUUUGUUGCAUCCCUAAACCAACCAUUAACACGAUGGUUUUCCCGAACUGUUUUCCAAACUCCUGGGCAGGAAAUUGUUGAUGGCCUCAAAGUGUGUUUAGUUUCGGCAUUGAAGAAAUACUAUGAUGUGAAUGGAGCAUUUCCUGAGAGAAUUGUUAUCUACCGUGACGGUGUUGGUGAUGGACAAUUAAAAUAUGCAACUGAAUGGGAGAUACCACAAAUAAUGUCAUGUUUCAGCACUGUCAAUGCCUCAUAUUCGCCAAAAUUGACUGUUGUAAUUGUUCAAAAGAGAAUCAACUGUCGUAUAUUUCAAGAACUUGGUGGAGGCUACUCUAACCCACCGCCAGGCACAGUGGUUGACCACACUGUAACAAGAAGAGACUGGUAUGAUUUCUUUUUAGUGUCUCAAUUUUCAUCCCAGGGGACAGUUACCCCAACCCAUUAUCUUGUAAUUCAUGACGGGUGCCAGAUGAAAGUUGAUCACAUACAACGCCUUACGUUUAAGAUGACCCAUAUGUAUUAUAAUUGGCCAGGCACUGUCCGGGUGCCAGCCCCUUGUCAAUAUGCCCACAAACUGGCCUACCUUGUCGGCCAAAGUGUACAUAAAGAUGCCUCUGAAAAACUAUGUGAUAGGCUCUUCUUUUUGUGAGCUUGUCUCUAAUUUUAUUUAUAUAACAAAAAAAAUUGUUAAUAAUUAAUUGGCCAAAUCAUGUUAAGCCAAUUGAAAUCACAACAUUAAAUUUUCUUUUCCAGUUUAA